AGCCUCAGCAAGGCGGUGAGAAUGUGUGAACUCUGGGUCUGUCUCUGUCUAAACACCAAGAACAAGAGCCACGUGGCUACUCUCCGCUUUCUACAAGUGCCUCGAUUUUCAUAAAAUAUAAAAAUAAUAAUAAUGAAAAAAUAUUUGGUAAUAAUCUGGGGGAGCUACGCUGCGUGUAUAAAUAGAAAAAGAUACGCAGAAAAUGAAGAUGAAAAAGAGGAAAUGAAGAUGGGGAUACAGAAACACAAGUGGAGCAAAGAGGAAGAAGAAGCACUCAAAGCAGGCGUCGAGAAACACGGCCCUGGCAAGUGGAAGACUAUUCUCACUGACCCUGAUUUCGCUCUUGCUCUCUCCAACCGCUCCAACAUUGAUCUCAAGGAUAAAUGGCGUAACUUGGGUAUUGCGAGCAUUCCACAAGCUCCGAAAGAGGACGAUCUUGUCUUAACCAUUACAUGUGGUUCACUUCCUACUACCCAAAAUGCUGAUAAUGCUCUUGCUCUUGUACCUGUCAAUGGUGCCACAGCCACUAAUACUCCUAGAACUUCACAGGAUGGUGGAAUCAUAAUAAAUAGGAGCAUGGUUUUUGAUGCAAUAUCCUCGAUUAAAGAUUCAAACGGGGCUGAUUUUAAUGCUAUCGCCAGCUUUAUUGAGCAAAGACACAAGGUGCCCUAUAAUUUUAGAAGAUAUCUGAGUUCAAUGGUUAGAAGACUUACUCUGCAGGGAAGGCUUGAAAAGGUUGAGCAAUGUUACAAGAUCAAAAAUUCAGGUUCAAGUUCGAAAAUACCUACACCAAAAGCAAGGGAUGUUAAUCCAGGGACUUGUAAAAAUUUUGAUGUAUCAAACCCUGACACACCGGAAGCAGCUGCAAGAAUUGCUGCCUUCUGGCUUGUUGAAGCGGACAACCAGGCAUGUCUGACAGCUCAAGCAGUAGAAGAGGCUGAAAGAAUCUCAACUAUGGCCGAAGAAUCCGAGAUUAUGUUCGAGGCAGUGAAGGAGUUCUGCAAGCAAUAUAAUCUUUAAAAUCCCAAAUUCAUUGGGAACAAAGUUCAUCUGUUCUGGUCUCAUGAAUGCACUUCAAUUUCGAAGAUAAUAUUGGUUUUUUUUUUUUGGAAGAACAGAUCACAGUUGGGAAUAUUGUUUCCCAUCCUAGGAUGUUUUUGAAAAAUGAACACACAUGCCGUCCCUUGUAAGUUGUUGAUGACUACUUGACUUAUAGAAAUUACAUUGGACGAAUGUAUAGAAAUUACAUUGGUCAAUAGAUUUAGGUAGCCAUAUUUAGUUUAUCUGCUGGAAGGCUGAAAGGCAGGUUCGCUCCAAAUGGGAACCCCUGUGUGCAGCCUGGUGUAGAAUAGGUUAUUAAG